AGGGAAGGAAGGAAGCUUUUCUGUGUUGCUGAACUCUUUUAGAUCGCCUCCUCACUCAACCUACAAAAAACAUCCUAUCCGACGCGACGCCGGCCUACCAAUAACUUGCGAUUAUAUUCGGCAUCAUAAUAGUCGCUUGCACAAAGAUAUUAUUACACUUAUCGUAAUAAUUUCUACCUUAGACCGUCGGAUGGGUUUCAACCAACCGAACAAGACAGGCUCUGUGCCUGCCCAGGACCAGAGAUAAUAAAGGAACCUCUGACACUUGGUGUCAGUACUUACGCAUACACACCAGCAACCGCGACGGUAACGUGGGAGAUUGUAGAGCCAGAUAACAUAGAAGGGCAAAUCAUUGUUGGGACGAAUAGGUGAAAGGUCUUGUGUACCUGGGAUAAUAAUACUAACCAUCAUACCGCAAUCCUCAAUCCUCAAUCCCAAUUCCGACAACGCCAUCCAACCUCAACCCACUCAACCAACUUGCGCAUCAUUCCUCAAAAUGUCGUCGCAUCCACAACCCACUAUGCCUCCGAGGCAAUUCUCACCUCAACAAUCACCACCGAACCAGACCUACCAGCUUCCUCCUAACAAGAGAGCCAAAUUAUCUCCAGUCGGAAUGACUCUUACUAUGCCGUCCGCCGCAACGACACCGCUCGCGUCUCCUCAACCACACACUCCCGUACCUAUUCCUACUACCCAUAUCACAACAACAGCCGCUACCACCAUUUCUCAAAUUCCGUAUUCUAACGCAAAACUUGCGCCUCUACCCGCUACCGCUAUGCCAUCAAUGCCGUCGAUGCCUUCGGUCAUUACGAACAUGGGGCCUCCAGCCAUCACCCCGGCAAGUUCCUUCUCUAACGAUGCGACGAGACUGCCGCCCAAGCCUGCCGCCAAGGCCGCUCACGCGUACGAAAUGGACGAUAUGUUAAUGGGAACCGGUAUCGAUCUAGAAGAAGAGGCAGAAUAUAUGAACAAUCUAGACUCUCGUGCUGGCGGUCAAAGUCAUGUGUACGGACCUGGACCGGCAACUCAACUCUCCAACGGCGUUAACGCGCGUACGCAAGAGGACAUCGAGGCGGAACAAGCAGAUAUCGCGUGGAAUGAACACGCAGUAAAGUAUGCCCGCGAGAUAAGCCAGGAGAUCAACAAUUCAUUCUUAGAGCCUGGUUUGCUACACAGACGACUACAAGAAAUUGUUCUUAAGCAGGGUCUAACUGUGAAUGUGGACUUGAAGCCUGAGGGUGGACGUUUCAGUGGAAGACACCAGAAUCCGGCCGAGUUCCCAAAGCCGGAGAUUAGAUCGUUCUUUCACCAUCACCCAGAUGGCACAACCGUCCAGGUGCACUCUUCGCAUAUUCCUCCUGAUGCAUAUUUGGUAGAUCAGCUCUCACUACUGUCGUUGGGUACGAAGCAGUACUUGCGUACGCUAGUCGGUGACGCGAAUAGAAUCGCCACCACGCGACAGACGACCACACAUGGUGUAAUACCUCAAGAGUGGCAAGAUGUGGCUGUUCCGCUACCUGCGGUGAACGGUACUCAGGGUGAAAGCCCACGUACAGGUGCGGAGAGCGCGGUCAGCCCCCGUACAAACCCUCUCAAGCGUACCGCAGAUGAACUUAGCAACGGACUACCCACUCCCGUCUCGGAAGCUUCUCCGACGAAUCAUCUAAUCGAUGCUUUCACCACUAACGGAAAGGGUGCCCGCAACACGGAAGAAAAUCGACUAAGAAAACGACUGAAGCGUCAAGAGAAGCAGAACGGCGAGAAGGAGGGAGCUGAUGGUACAUCACGAGCCGGGUCUGUAGCGCCCGGUACGCCCGGAUCUAUUGCGCCAGAACCGGGUGAGAAGCCAGCCCCGAAGAAGGAGAGUAAGAAAGCAGCCUCCAAGCAAGAGGCGAGCAGUACUACAGUGAAUGCGACUCUCGGUCUCUUCGUCGGCUCCAAGAAGAAGAAAUAUUCGUGGAUGACGCAGGCUGCAGGCGGAUCUGGUAGUGGAACGAGUACGCCUCGACUGCCAGGCGCUGGACCAGGCGCGCCAGGUGGUACGAAUGCUGGAGGUAAGGCCCAGCAGGGUCCACUCACAAAGGCGGGUGUUUCCCACCUAGGACAGUUCCGCGAAGAUUCCGAGAAGGGAAAGAAUAUUCAGCUUCGCGAUUGGGUAGUUAUCCUCGAGGAACAUGGAACCGAUCCGAGAUCCUUGCAGAACGCGUAUAGUAUUCUCGACAGAUCAUGGAAGGGCGGUGUGGAAAAUACGUCGACAUAACAGACGGAUAACCUCGAAGAAUUCGUACGGCGAAUCUACAAGUUCGAGCUCGGCCAAUCCAAUCUUGGAUCGAAAGGUUACGAGGUGAAAUUACUUUUUGAGGAACCUACCCCUCCGGCCUCCUCGCGUUGUAUUGUCUAUACCUAUUUUUUU